AUGCCUGAUGUGGCGAAACAGGGAUACGAAAAAUUACGCCAAGUGCAGGAUCUCUACGCCUCAUUACGUCCAGAACUCGUUGGAGAUCUAUACUGGCGCCAUGAACGCCAGGUCUCCCCAGGCCUCCAGGAGUACAUCGAGGCUCUCGGCUUUGCAUACUACCUGGAGCAUGGGACCUUAAUCUCGUUCAAUGAAGUCCAGAAAACUCUGUCAGAUCCCCAUGGAGCUCCAUACUUCCCGUUGACAGUCUCAGACUACCUUUUGGGUCUAUCUGACCUCACAGAUUUCGAAAGGUACACCCCAUAUAUUCGUGAUCUGCGCAAAAAACAGGCUGUCACUUCAAAUUCACUGGAAAAGAUCGAGGAUGCUGUCUACGCUAUCUUCCUUCGAAGCUCAGAAUACGACUUGCCGGCGGAAAUUCUGGACGACAUUGUUGCACAGUCUAUUUCCAACUUCUCGCGGUCGGAAGAAGGUGGCGGAGGCGGUCAUUCCAAUCGACGUUCGGGGCGAGGACGGACGACGGAAGGAUACGAUAGCGGGGAUGAAGAAGGCUUCUGAAAAUUUCUAGGGUGCUGGGCUCAUUAGUUGCCGAUUAGUAUGUGGAAAUUGAGCUCCAAUAAGGAUUGUAUAAUACGU